AUGGCGACCACAGAAACACAGAAGAAUGGCAACGCACAAAAUUUAAUAAAGCAGGCGCCUUGGACUGACGAACAAGGCAUAACCAUGAAGGUGUACCAGGGAGUAAUGAUGGCGUUGGAGAUCGUGGUUCUAAUCGUGAAGUUAUACGCCACCUGGUUCUAUUGUCUAUAUCGGUUCUUCGUGCCUCCAGAACCUAAAAGUAUUAAUGGGGAAAUUGUUUUGAUAACUGGUGCCGGCCAUGGUAUGGGCAGAGAAAUGGCGUUACGUUUCGGUCGCCUGGGCAGCAUUGUCGUCUGCGUUGAUAUUAACCCGAAGGGCAACCAGGAAACCGCUGAAAUGGUCAAAGAGGAUAAGGGAAAGGCACACACUUACAAAUGUGACGUCACAGACCGCCAGGCCAUCAACGAACUGAUAGGGAAGGUUCGCAAAGAAGUCGGUGAUGUGACGAUACUUGUGAACAACGCUGGUAUUAUGCCGUGCAAGCCUUUAUUGGAGACGAACGAGAAGGAGAUCCGGAUGGCCUUCGAAGUCAAUGUCCUCUCGCAUCUUUGGCUGCUCCAGGCUGUCCUACCCUCCAUGAUGGAGAAGAACCACGGUCACAUAGUAGCCAUGUCAUCGAUGGCCGGUGUCCUGGGACUACGUAACCUGGUUCCUUACUGCGGAACCAAAUUCGCCGUCCGUGGAAUGAUGGAGGCACUCCACGAAGAACUAAGGGAAGAUCCACGAGACUUUAGUGGGAUUAAACUGACCUGUAUAUGCCCAUACAUCGUGGACACAGGUCUAUGCAAGAAUCCAAAGAUCAAAUUUCCAUCCCUGAUGAAGAUCAUCUCGCCCCAAGAAGCUGCCGACAACAUUCUAGACGCUGUUCGGCGGAACUACCACGAAAUUACGAUACCUAGCUCACUCUAUUACAUCAACCAGUGGGCCAGAUUAUUACCCUUAACCGUACAGCUGCAAUUAAAGGAUUUUCUGGACUCUGGGCUCGAACCACAAUAA